AGCUACACACGUACUGGCUGUCUUUAAUUAUCUCGUAUAGUCUCCGUCUCUGGAAGUAAGUACAACAAAGAAUUGAUUCACUUUUCUUUAACACUCUCUCCACACGUUUUGAUUUCUUUAACAUGGAUUUGAUUUGGAACCCACCCCUUCACGAGGCUUACAAGAUCCUCUUGAGCAAGACUCAAAACAGUAACGAAGAGAAUGGUUUUGAUGAGCUCUUGGCGGUGGAGGAGUGCGAGGUGCCAGUGAUCGAUGUGAGCCGUUUGGAAGAGAGUGAUGAAGUGCGGAGGGAAGAGUGCAAGUGUGAGAUAUUUAAGGCUUGUCAAGAAUGGGGUUUGUUUCAGGUGGUGAAGCAUGGGAUUUCAAAUGGUAUUUUAAGAGGGUUGAGGGUUGAGCAGGAGAAGAUAUUUAAGCAACCCUUUGAAAAGAAGAGCAAAGAGAACACGUUCUUCAACUUUUCCUCUGGUAGCUACCGUUGGGGAUCACCCAAUGCAACAUGCAUAAGGCAGUUAUCUUGGUCAGAAGCUUUUCAUAUUCCUUUAACUGAUAUACUAAUGCCUUCCGCCGGAUCCAACACUUUUAGCUGGAGAAUCCAAGAGUUUGGUAGCCAAGUUUCCAUCCUGGCGCAAACACUAGCUGAUAUCUUGGCUCACAAAAUGGGACACAAGUGCAGUUUCUUUGAGGAGAAUUGUUUGGCCAGCACCUGUUAUAUUCGAUUGAAUCGAUACCCUCCCUGCCCCUUCCCUUCUCAGGUUCACGGAUUGAUGCCACAUACAGAUACUGCUUUCCUCACCAUCUUACAUCAAGAUCAGGUUAGAGGUUUGCAAAUGGUCAAAGAUGGAAAAUGGAUUUCAGUCAAACCAAACCCUGAUGCUCUUUUCAUCAUCAUCGGUGACUUGUUCCAGGCAUGGAGCAAUGGAGUUUACAAGAGUGUUGAGCACCGAGUUGUGACCAAUCCAAAAUUAGAGAGGUUCUCUAUGGCGUAUUUCUUUUGCCCCUCUGAUGAUACACUCAUAGAGAGUUGCACAGAGCCGUCGCUGUACAACAAAUUUAGUUUCGGGGAAUAUAGACAACAAGUUCGAGAUGAUGUUCACAACUUUGGCUACAAAAUUGGCCUACCAAACUUUCUCACACGUACAGGGACAACAUUCGAUGCACCACUUCAACAUUCCAACGUCUAGUUUAUGCAUUUAUGUGAAAUUCAAAAAGAAAAAACAACAUCUGCCUCUUUGCUUUUGUUAUGUUUCCUAAUUCUGAUGUUUUAAAUAUAAUAAUUUAAAGUAACUUGAAUAUUUUUUUUAGUGUUACAAAUUAAACGAGUUUU